GGACCCGCGGGAACUCCAGGGGACGCUGGAGUUAAGGGUGAAAAAGGAGAGUUAGGACCCAAAGGACAUUUAGGUCCAAUGGGGCCUCCAGGACACAAAGGAUUACCAGGAAGCAAAGGAGAUGAAGGCAGAAGAGGCAGAAAAGGAGCACGGGGAAUGACUGGCAAGAUUGGGCUACAGGGGCGGCACGGUAGUCCCGGGUUACCGGGAAAGAAUGGACAGAAAGGAGAAAGGGGCGAUAGAGGUUUUCAGGGCAACGGUAGCAACUGCUCAUGUCCGAAAGGUGACAAAGGUGACAAAGGUGUGCGGGGCCUAAUUGGUUUUACUGGUUACAAGGGUGACAAAGGCGACCACGGGAACAAGGGAAAUAAAGGUUAUGGGGAGAGGGGGUUUCCCGGUUUUCAAGGUAUUCCGGGUCCAAAGGGAGAAAGAGGCGAGAAGGGUGAGAAAGGAGACGCCAUGGACAACUGGCGGAUGGCUACUGCAGUGCCCUCUGUGACUUAUAGAGGAGAGAGAACCCCAUCUUCAACUAAAGAAAUGAUGACGUCCACAACUAGUACUACGACCACGCCCACUACAAUGACUACACCCACAACAACCACGCCCCCCACCACGACAACAAUGGCACCGCCCACUCUGGCGCCCAGACGACGAGAAUGCAGGAUAAAAAUGAUUGGGAUUCCCCUACUCUUGCGUCAAGCGGGACCUGCAUCCGGGGCCUGGAUGACUGACCCGGAUAGUUCGCCAAAACGCUGGGUGUCGAAUAACGAGUAUGCUAAUAUACUGUAUGAGUACCGAUCCGAGACUACAUUUAAGGAGAACCGAGUAGACAAUACGUAUGAUCUCUCCUUUUUCCACUACCAUGGUUACGACCACGUGAUCCGACAUGGGUCUUUUUACUUCCAGUGGGCUGGGAGAAAUAUUGUUGUGAAAUACGACCUCAAAGAGGCGAUUGUAUCGAGUGCGGCGGAAAUAGAUGGCGCUUCACACAAUACCAGCAGAUACCUCUACAAAAAUGGGACGACUUACUUUGACAUAGAGUAUGACGAGAAUGGUCUUUGGGUAAUUUAUAGUAAACUCUCGGACGACAAAAAUAUCUUUGUCGUGAAGCUAAAUACCAACACAAUGGAGGCAAUACGAAUAUGGACAAUCAACAUCGCUCCUGGUAGUUACGGAAACGGCAUCAUUGUCUGUGGUGUACUGUAUCUUAUUCGGGAUACCGUUAAUGUGCAGACAGUUAUUGACUAUGCUUAUGACUUGUAUACUGAUGAAGUUGUACCACUUGGCAAAGACAUAAAGUUUCGAAAUCCUUUCGGUGCAAGUAGCAUGGUAUCAUAUGUGCCAAACAUUCGUCAUCCCCAAAACAGUAGGAUCAACAGCUGGGAUAACGGAAGGCAAUUGUCUUUUCAGCUUCUUUUUGUUUAAGACAAGGAUAAAGAGAUCUUAACAAGAGGAUUGUUUCCACAUGGUACCCUUAGUUUCUUAUGUAAGUGAUAAACACAUGCGUGCAUAAACUGCGUUAUUCCUGAUUUAAAAAGCUACACAGCUCUCAAACAUAUUCUUGGACCAAAGCGGAAGUACAUGAGGUUAAGGAUUAUUAUCCUACGAAGAAAUUAUGGGAAAUCAUUUUUUGUUAUCAAGCAUUCCAUUUUUGUAAUAUCUCACUGUACCAUUAUUACUUCAGCCAGGAAUACAUAUAUAGAUAUAGAUUAUUCUUUGUCAUAAGUCGCUCAAUGACUUUCGGUUUGCCGAAGGCUAUAUUUAUUAUGUUUUAUUCCACAUUGCUUCCUAAAAUGCUGAAUUCAAUGUGCUUUUCAUGUAUGAUAUGUAUUACAUAAAUGAAUUGAAAUGAUUAUAUCAUAGUUAAUCCGCAGAGAAAGUUGAAUUUACAUGCUGUUUUGAAGCAUUAUUUUAAUGUACAGACGCUAAAUCAUUCGGAAUCCAACGGAUAUUUUUUGUGCUUAUUUCAGUUCGAUUUAAUUAAAACAGGAGAGUAUUUGAUAUAUGAAACAUCAACGACACUCUAAUAAGACAAAUCUAUUUUGGUCAUCUUGAGACCUUACGUUAAAUAUGUUUUUGUGGUAAAGCAUGCUAUCUUUAGCAAUUACAUUCGAUGUUGACUUUCGAUUAUAAGUGCAGGUUCAUUACAUACUCCAAUCAUCUGUCUGUUGAGGAGGGACCAUUGUGUUAAAUGUAUAGGAUAUAUUAGUUCUUAGAAAGAGUAACCAUUUUUAUUGUAAAGGAAUUGAGAAUAUAUUUGAUAUUUAACACUUCCUAUAUUUUGAUGUGUGUUAAUCUUGAAUCAGAGAAUGUGUUUGUAUCUUUUACUAAAUUUCUUUUUCAAAAGAUUUCACAAAACCUAAACUUAACUUAUGAUGUAUCUUAUCAUACUUUCUCUUACCGUUAUUGAAUGCUAUUUUUUCUGGAAGGAUUGUUUUGGUGGAAAAGACUUGUUGUAUAAUUUGAUCUAAGAAUGGGGAGAACGACGGGUGUGCGUAUGUAGGUGUAUAUGUUUACAAGUAUAUAGAAAUGUAUGUAAGACUUUGCGAAGAUGACCAGUCUGACGAUAUGCGAGAUAAGUGUGGAUCAUGUGCUUGUAAUCCAUCCGAUAUAGCUUAAUUAUAGUAAAUAAAUUGUUACACUUUGUAGGAACGAUGCCAUAAGUUUCUGCAGAGCAUUGCCAUUCUACAGCCUAUUACACUGAAAAUCCUUUCGUUUCGACAUGACAACAUUACGAUUGUUAAUGCUGAAAACAAAGGUAUCAUAACAUUUUCACAACAUACAUUUUCCUAAUGAUCUGUUGAAUAACCGUUUUGUAAAAUCCGACUACGUGAUUUAUUUACGUACACAUGAGCAAUGAUUGUUGGAGUGACUGUGGUAUUCUUUAAGAAGAAAACAUUUUUUAUUUGAAAUACGUUGCCAAUGAUAAAGUUUGUAUUGAGUUAGACAUAGGCUGGUGUGUAUAUCUACCCUCGGAAACCAUUGGCUACCUUUAUUUGUAUAUGUGGUCGGUGCACCAGGAAUCGCCAUAUGAAAGUGUCCCUAAAAACAGUAUAUUUUUCCUUUUCGUUAACAUCUAUAAAUUCAAGGUGAUUAGUAAUAUAUUUGGUUCAAGUACGUAAUGAUCUAUAAAAAAUUCCUGUUGUAAAUAUGGUCUUUGUGUGGAAUAUAUUGCAGUAUGCUUUAAAUGUGGAAUUUUCCGAUAUCUGCAUUGACAAUUGGCAUUUAGCAUAUCAUUGUAUAUGUACAUAAUUAGCACGUCUACAGUGAGUAUGUACUCAAAUCGGAAUUAUGUAACUAAUUGAAGUCCUUUGCAGAUGAAUGCGUAAUAUUUCAUUUAUGGAAUCGAUAAAUGAUAAAUUUGUUUUAUCGAUAAACAAAACUUUAUAAAAUCCAAAUUAAAAAGUAUGUUUUUCAUGUGCAU